AUGUCCGCAACCAUCCUCCGCACAAGCACCGCUGCGCGCUCUGCUCUCCGAGCUGGAGCUUGCAAGAAAGCCGCUGCUAUGGCAAGCACCAGCUUUGUCCGCGGCAAGGCCACUCUCCCAGAUCUUCCUUAUGACUACGGUGCGCUGGAACCCUCCAUCUCGGGCAAGAUCAUGGAGCUCCACCACAAGAACCACCACCAAACCUAUGUCAACAGCUUCAACACCUUCACCGAGCAACUGCAAACCGCCGAGCAGAAGCAAGAUAUUGGUGCCCAGAUUGCGCUGCAGCCCUUGAUCAAUUUCCACGGUGGUGGCCAUAUCAACCACAGCUUGUUCUGGGAGAACCUUGCGCCUAGCAAGAAUGGAGGUGGUGGUGAGCCGACUGGAGCUUUGAAGACGGCCAUCGAGUCUAGCUAUGACGACUUUUCCUCCUUCAAGACAAAGUUCAACACCGCGCUCGCCGGCAUCCAAGGCAGCGGAUGGGCGUGGCUCGUCAAGGACAACGAGACUGGCCAGGUCCUGAUCCGCACAUAUGCCAAUCAGGACCCAGUUGUAGGAAAAUUCACCCCAUUGCUGGGUAUUGAUGCCUGGGAGCAUGCGUACUACUUGCAAUACCAGAACAGGAAGGCGGAGUACUUCAGUGCGGUUUGGGACGUGAUUAACUGGAAAGCGGUUGCGGGACGCUUGUAG